AUGAGUCAAAUGGCUGCCAACCAAUCAACAGGGAGGGGUGGGUUCGGAGAGGUAUAUCACGUGAGGCAUAUGAUUGAAGGGGAAGAGUACGCGGUUAAAAUUGUCAAGUUCCUUGAUUUUGUGGUUAAUUAUCGCAACUCAUGGCGUGAAGACAAUCAUCUGUACAUUCAAAUGGAUUAUUACGAACAAAAUCUACAGACAAUUAUCGAUAAUAAGCACAUUAACUUUUAG